GUGAUCAUAACAUGCAGAGUGACAGUGCUCUGUGCUGGGCUGCUCAUGACUCCCAGUGACCCCGCCGGACCUCGGGGACAUCCUCCUCUGAUCCUGCUGAGCGGAUCAUCCUUGUCCGCCUCCUGGCUCACCUGACCACAACAACAGCAGUAGCCGCCGCCUCCUCCUGCUGAGUCCAGAUUAGCCGCACCAUGAGCUGGUUCUUCUCGUCAUCUAAAGGCUCCAGACCUCUGCCACCCCUCAACAGCCUGCAGCAGCAGAGACAGCGCCAGAUCGACUCUCUGAAGGCUUGUCAUAGCAGUAUCACUGAAAUUCAGAAAGAUGUGGAAUAUAGAUUGCCAAUUACUAUACAAAAUGUCACCAUCAACAUAAAUGUUUUGCUUCCUCCACAAUUUCCUCAAGAGAAACCCGUCAUCACAGUCUUUCCUCCAAUUAGACAUCAUCUAGUGGACACACAAGGCACAAGUGUCACAUGUCCUUUAGUAAACAAUUUUACUAUGCACUCUGAUCUUGGGAAAAUAGUGCAAAAUUUGUUAGAAGAAUUUUGGAAGAAUCCUCCAACACUAGCCCCAGCUUCCGGCACUUUUCCUUACUUGUACAACAGUACCACGGGACAUCCUCCUUACCCUCCUCCUUCCGGCUUUUCUUUUCUUCCAUCUUUCCCCACACAAGAAACCAAUCGUUCAGUCCCCGCAUCGGAGACUGUUUCUUCCAACUACAACUUUGCCAAAGCUGCUGCCCCUUACUACGGCCUAAUAACUGACUUGCCUCUACCCGUCCCCACUUCUGAAGUGGGCAUUAACGGCUUUACAUAUAAGAUGCCUGAUCUUCCGGAUACUUUCCCUGAACUUUCAGAAUUAAGUGUGUCCCAGCUCUCAGAGAUGAUUGAACAGGAAGAUGUUAUUUUGGAACAGUUUGUUAAUCUGCCACAGUUAAAACAGAUAAUAUCUGAUAAGGACGACCUUGUGAAAAACAUAGAGGAACUAGCAAAAAAGAAUCUUAAGCUGGAGCCCAUUCUUGAGUCAAAGCGGCAGGCACUGUUAGACAAAUAUGAGCUUCUCACACAAAUGAAAACAGCAUUUGAAAAGAAGUUGCAAAGACAGCAUGAGCUGAGUGAGAGCUGCAGUUUGAGUGCUCUACAGGCUAGGUUAAAAGUGGCGGCACAUGAAGCAGAAGAGGAGUCCGAUAGUAUUGCAGAAAACUUCCUUGAGGGAAAAACAGAAAUAGACGAUUUCCUAAACUUGUUCAUGGAAAAAAGAACAUGCUGUCACAGUAGAAGAGCCAAAGAAGAGAAACUUCAACAGACCAUAUCACUACACAGCCAAUACCAUGCACCACUAUAGGUAUCUCUAGAGAAGAAUUUGGAACCCCAGAAAGCACAGUUUUGUAUUCGAGUGGAAGCUGGAAAUGACCUUACUUCAUUUGUAUUAUAUUCUGUUAAUAGACUAUUUGGUAGAGUUUCUUUUUGUACAAUUUAACCCAUCAUUUUAAUUUCACAUGCUCUUGACUCUGCUGUAAUUAUUCUUCUAAUAUAUUUUUACUUUCUGUUAACCAUAUUGGAAUGAUUUAUAUUAAAUAUUUCUUGUGAACU